CAUUUAUUCGAUUCAAUAAAUCGUUCUCUCUAUGCAGCUAAUCGAGAAAGUCGCGCGGUGAUUAGCGAAACGAUACUCUAAUUUCACAUACUUAAUUAACAAGUAGACGUUUAAAAUUAUUUGUACUCUACAGAUAUGUUGUAAAAAUGUUUAUAUAUAUAUAGUGUGUUAAUGAAAAUGUAUGUGCACAUAAAGUGUCUUAAACGUGUGGUAACUAUCUGAAAAUGAAAUGUUCAAUUUGAGCCGUCUGCACUUUUAAUAAAGGAUUUUAUCCAAUUUUACGAAUAACCAUUUUAACGGGAACUAUUUUAUUGAUCAACAGAUAUCCCGGGCUAGAAAUUUAUCCCAUACUCCUGAUCAGGUUGGUCUUAAUCAGUUACCUGUUUUGUAUAAGCUGAUGUUAUCGGAUCUUACUGAAUCAUAUAACGUAACGUGGCAAUCAGGGCAAUAAGUAUUAUUAAUAAUUAGGACCCGAUAGCAUCACCUUAUACAAGCCAGAUAAGUGAUUGGGAUUAAUCUGAUCAGGACCAUUGGGUAAAUUUCUAGUUUGAUCUAGAUUACACACUGAACUGGUAAUUUCCUUAUAGAGCCCUGCAAAUCAGGGACCAAUAAUACUCGUUUCAGCCCGGUUUAUUAUUAAAUAUAAACCGGCUUGAUCUAUGUCUGCUUUAAUAAAAUGAGAUCCUCUUGAUCAAACUUUAGAACAAGAAACUAACCCGGGCCAGUCUGACUUUAAAAGCGAAUACAGGAAUAGACAGAGAAUCAUAUUUGAUAACAAAUCGAACUGGAUAAAAAAUUAUUGAGCCUCGAAUUGUAAGGCUGUGCUUCCUUAGUUCCGUAAAAGCUCGGAAGAUACGCAUUAUAUGUAGUAAAUAAGCAUCUGCGCAUGCGUGGCAGUAUAAAAGACGUCUAGGCCGCCGAUGCCUACAGAAGUGACAUUUCAAAUGUCACUGUUUGUAUUUAUAUACAUUGCUUAAUCAGUCAGACAUGACCGUCAACCCACUUAUUUGGAUUUCGUGCACAACAUAUGUGCGUUUGAGCUCUUGCGCUUGUAAGGCCUAUCACGCUUUUGCGCGUUCCUCGCGUCCACCUCGCGGAGGGAUUCAACGACGUAUAAGAGGGUUUCUUAUUCGUACGUCAGCCACAGUGGUGCGAUAAACAACGGCGCCCCAUUGAAGGAUCGUCGGCGAUCAUCGGCGUCGGGAGUGCCGGCAGUCAUUGUCGUCGUCAUCAUCAUCCGGCUAUCAUAGCGCGGUAGCACCCCGGAACCGGGGGUGGUGGUUCACAUCGUCUCGCGGCGAUGGUGGCAGCUGCCACUGCUGCGGUCACCGCCACUGCCAGCGUGGUGGCCAUGCAGGACCGUCAGGAUAUCUCCGCACAGUACAAUCAGAUGCAGAGCCAACAUGGAAUACCCCACCAAACCGUACCGCCGUACAACGCGGGGUACGGUCAAAGAGGACCAAUGGCGGGAAUGGGGCCAGUCGGGAUGAACAAUUUCAAUAACAUAGGCACCGUGAGCCCGAUGCACACUAUGAAUUCCAUGAAUUCGAUGAACAGUAUGAAUGGUAUGAACACGAUGAAUCCCAUGACGAUGGGAGGUAUGAACAGUAUGAGUGGUAUGAACGCGAUGAACCCCAUGAGCUCUAUGAGCGGCAUGGGCAACAUGGCGAUGAACAACAUGAUGGGACCCAAUAAUAUACAGAUGAAUAAGAUGGCCACUAUGCAGCAGGCUCAGUCGCAUCAGGGCUACUCUCGAAGAUUGGCGCCUUAUCCUAGCCCUGCCAUGCACAUGACGCAGAAGCGACAGCAGGUUCCAUCGUACCCUGGCCAGAGUCCGGCGGCGAUGCAGCCGGGUGGCUUCAACGGCAUGACGACGUCGCAGUACCCGAACAGCUAUCCUAGCGGUGCGCGACCAAACUUUCAGCCGCAGUAUCAGCAGCCUACGCAAAGCAUGAUUCCUAACGCUGCCGCCGCGGCCACCGCGGGGGUUUUUGGGCCUAACACGAUGAUACGGGGGUCGAAUAUGAGGCAGGCGGCGCCAUCUUACAACGCCGCGUCGCAGGUAGCAGCGGUGGUCGCCACGAACCAAUAUUACAGCAACGCUGGCGUACCCGUCAGCAUGGGGCCAACGAGCACGGGAGCGGUCGGCAAUCAAUUCGUAGGUCACCAACAGCCGAACGCGGGAUACGGAGGCGGCGGUGGCGGUGGUGGCGCUACCGGGAGCUAUGGCGCUGCGUCCGCUGGCGCCGUGGCAACCAGCCAAUACCAACAGGACGUGGCGGCGUCGAUGAAGUCGACGAGUGGCGGCAACGUGAGCUAUCAGCACAGCCCCAUACCCGGCAACCCGACGCCGCCGCUGACGCCCGCUACCAGCAUGCCACCUUACAUCAGUCCGAAUCCUGAUCUCAAGCCGAGCUUCAACGACAUGAAGUCGCCGGUUAACAUACAGAAUGAUGAAUUGAGACUGACAUUCCCCGUGAGAGACGGCAUCAUUCUUCCGCCCUUCCGCCUAGAGCACAAUUUGGCCGUUAGCAAUCACGUGUUCCAACUUAAGCCUACGGUGCAUCAGACACUGAUGUGGCGAUCCGAUUUGGAGCUGCAGCUCAAGUGUUUCCACCAUGAGGACAGGCAGAUGAAUACGAAUUGGCCAGCGAGUGUGCAGGUCUCCGUUAACGCGAAUCCUCUCAUCAUCGAUCGCGGGGAGAACAAAACUACCCACAAGCCUCUUUACUUGAAGGAAGUCUGUCAAAUAGGAAGGAACACAAUACAGAUUACUGUGUCUGCGUGCUGUUGUUCGCAUCUGUUCGUCCUCCAAUUGGUUCAUCGGCCCAGUGUGCGAAGUGUACUUCAGGGAUUACUACGUAAGAGGCUCCUGGCGGCGGAAAAUUGCAUAAAUAAAAUCAAAAAAAAUUUUAAUAGUACAAUUUCGACCAAUGGCAUACAGUCGGAGAAGGAUGUAGUAGAGCAAACAGCACUAAAGGUAUCUUUAAAAUGUCCUAUCACAUUCAAACGCAUCACACUGCCAGCUAGAGGGCACGAUUGCAAGCAUGUGCAAUGCUUCGAUCUGGAGUCGUAUUUGCAGUUAAAUUGCGAACGAGGCUCUUGGAGGUGUCCGGUGUGCUCGAAACCCGCACAAUUGGAAGGCUUGGAAGUUGAUCAGUAUAUAUGGGGGAUUUUAAAUACAUUGAAUUCCGCGGAGGUCGACGAAGUAACGAUAGACUCGCAAGCUGCUUGGAAAGCCGCGAAGAGCAGCUUAGCCGGUAUCAAGUCCGAGGAGGAGAAUGAGUACAAGAGAACGACGGCCAAGGCGAUGUCGCCGGGCAGCAUGAAUAUGCCGACCAUGAACAACUGGGAGAUGAAUCAAGCCAUGAGUCCUUACAUACCACCCGAUAUGAGCAGCAUCGUGAGCGGAUCAAUGAUGAGCAACAUGAACCAUCGAAGCACUUCGGGCGGAACGUACGAGAUCAACUCGGCGACGAACACCUCCGGUAGUAACGAUUAUGUCAGCGGCACGGGUCCUCUCUCGCACUUGAACGAGUCCGUUAAUACGUUGGACACUCUCAAUGCUAUAGAGAAGUCAAUCAACGAACAGAUGCCUCAUACUCCACAUACGCCGCACACCCCGCAAUCGACACCUCACACUCCGGGUGGUGGCAACAGCGGCCCGCCGAGUGUUCCACCUGCGUCGCAGGAAUCCACGGGGAAUCACAACACCUCCGGCAGCACAAAUACGACUAUAAAUAACGACAACAACACCACCGCGGAUAUACCGUCGGAUCUAAAUUUCGACCCCGCCGCAGUCAUAGACGGGGAAGGCACUGGUCAGGAGGCGUUAAAUCUCUUGCCAGACAACGUUGUGGACGCGAUGGAUUUCUUAUCAUAUCUCGAUCCACCGGACCUAAACACUCCACCCAGCAGUGGCGCUAGCAGUGGUAAUCCUUCCUCCAGCGACGACAUAUUAGCGCUUUUUGAAUAAAAAGAAAGGAACGUGCGAAUUGAUGUUUUGUAAGGGUAUAAUCAAAUCGCAACUCGCACUUUUUAUAAAGUGACAAGAGAGUGAAAGAGAGAGAGAGAGAGAGAGAGAGAGAGAGAGAGAGAGAGAGAG